AUGCCUCGCCACUCCUUCAGUCGCAACUCACGCGUCUCCAACCCCAAUGUCUUUUCCGAUGAAUACUCAUUAGAACCGAUCGAUGUCGAUCAGAUCGAACGUGCCCCUAGCCCCGCCUCCAUCGCCUCCUCAACUACUCUUCGCUCAACUCAUCACCCCCAGAAGGCCGUUAGCACUGCGACCACCGAGAAUGAGAAUCCAUUCGCCGAUGACGCCCGCGUCUCUUUUGAGGAGGCCCACCGAUCAAGCCUCCCUCAGAAGGGGGUAGGUGCAUUUUCCAACAAUCGCAAUUCCAUCAACUCUGUCAACAAUUCCCCCUUUGUCGCUCAGCGAAACCAAAGUGUCUCUUCCCGUUUUUCGAUACCCCGGGCCCUAAGCCCCUAUACUGGAGCCACUGGGCCCAGUCAUCCCUAUGCUAUGUACCCUCAGGUUGGUGUCAGCCGCUCCCCGAGUGUAGGAAGCACUUCGACCAUUCGUCAGCCCGAUCGCCCUCUUGGCGAAACAGCCGCUCCUCAACAUCCCUACGCCAUGUACACUCAAAACGUUGUCGAAGAAGGGAUGGAUGACGAUCAUGUGAUCCCUGUCGGAUUCCCUGGUCACAACCCACCUUACCAACCGCCGCAGAGUCGUCGUGAUGACGAUGUUGGAGACAUCAUCGGGCCAGAUGGUCACACGGAACCGCUACCACCCUAUUCAAGAUAUCCGACUGGGGUCAUUCCGAAACCCCCAACCCCAGAGAACAUGGCCGAUAUGAACUCUACACCCGAGGAUCACCAGCUCAAUUCGGUCUCAAGGGAGCAACCACCCAUCUCGGAGACGUCAUCUCGACCCCUUGUUGCUGAUUAUACUGGAAAUUCUGGGAAUGGCGGCAGUGAUCAGAAUGGCGGGAACAAUAACCGCAGCAGUGCCGGCCAGAGGGCUGCAGCGGCAACGGGUAUCAUGGCGUUCGAGGAGAAGCUCAAACAAAAAGGCAAGAAGACAGUAUGCUGUGGUCUUCCGGUCUGGACCCUCGUACUAAUUUGUACUGUGAUGCUCAUCGGAGGAUCCAUUGGCGGUGUGAUCGGGGGUGUCUUGGGUACCAAGCGUGCUGCGGAGGCUGACAAAGAGGCUGCUGCGGCUUCAUCGAGUGGUCCUCACAUCGUGACAGUCACUGCAACGCCACAGAAGGACUAUUCAACGAUGACCGGUACGCCCAGCAACCUCAAAUCGGUUCCAACGGGCACAUUUUAUGUUCCAAUGAUACAUCAGAAUUCUUCGGGAAUGUGCGUCGACGACGAUACAAUGAAGAGUGCUUGGAAAUGCAUGGACAAGCCGAGCCACCUCGAAGUCACCGUUUCUGAAAAUACCGAUGAUGGCGAUCACCACCACACCAUCAUAUUCCCUAACCCCACCCCGACCUCAAGUUUCAGCUACGGGGCUCAGCCACCUUAUAUGACCCAACCUGCAAUUAAAUUGGGCUUCGCAAUUGACACCAGCGAUACCAACCUGGGCCCUGCUCUCUUCUUCGAGGCCAAAUUCGACAAGUUGGUCGUCGUGCCCGACUCAAAAUUCCAACCAAGCUCCUCUGUAUCCGCGCGGGCAUGGGCGGGGGACGAGGCGUUCUUGAGCUUGUUGAGUCGCAAAGAAGUCGCACAGCCCGGCGAUAAACCGUGGUUCUGCUGGUGGAAUCAAACGCAGAUGGAAUUCUUUAUCUAUGUCAACCAAACAACCUCGGGAACUUCCACAGAUGCCACUGCUUCCACCAACGAUCAAAUGGCCGCCAGUACUGCUGCUGCCAAUAGUGCGUCCAAGCGGGAAGUCUCGAUUCCGAACUAUCCGCGAAAGAUCAAAGUCGACGAACGACGUGACCAGCCAGGAGCAGUCGCACCCUAUUGUCAGCAAAUGGAAGUGGACUCUGUUGGUCACGCAUCGCCUAUUCCAUAUAAAACCAUCGAUAUCAAGGAAAAUGAGCCAACCCCAACCACUACGUAUAUCGAUAGCAAAGGUGGCGCUCAGCAGACAUACACAGCAAAGGCGCAAUAUGCUACUCCAUGCUAUUGUCUGUCCUUCGCUGAUUAA